CAGUGCAAACACAGCCAUUUCCUGUGAAGAUGGCGGUGUGCAGGAGCGUAGGGUUGUGGAGGACAUACAGCGUGUUGUUAUCCAGGCGGCCUCUCCUGUUUCCCGCCGCUGUCCGAACACAGAGCUCUGUGAGCGGGGACCUGGUGCCUCGGACCUCCCUGUCUAGGCCGCCGUGGCCGGAGCAGACGACCCUGGUCCCGGAGGAGGAGGAGCGGAGCCGUCACGCCGCGGUGGUGAGCACCGUUAACCAGAAGAUCAACCAGCAGGAUUUCGGUCGGCUUUUCGCCGUGGUACACUUCGCUAGCCGCCAGUGGAAGGUCACCAACGAAGACCUGAUCCUGAUUGAGAACCACAUCGAUGCGGAGUGUGGGGAGCGGAUCCGGAUGGAGAAAGUGCUGCUGGUCGGCUCGGAGGACUUCACCCUGAUCGGCAGGCCCUUGCUCGGAAAGGAGCUUGUUCGGGUCGAGGCCACCGUGAUCGAAAAGACUGAGUCCUGGCCUAAAGUCCACAUGAGGUUCUGGAGGAGACACCGGUUUCAGCGCAAGAAGAUCGUUAUCCAGCCACAGACGGUGCUGAGGAUCAACAGCAUCGAACUGGCCCCGAGACUGACAUGAUGAUGACUGGAACACUUGUCACAGACUGAGGGGUUGUUUUUCUAUUCUAUGAUUCUAAACAUGUGAACAAACGCAUAUAAAGGUCAAAAAGCCUGUACGUGAUUUUCAUAUUCAGACCUUUGUUUCUGAAGAAUUGAGCCCAUCUCUGACUGUUCAGACUGUAAAUAAAGCUUCAUCCUGUGCAGAUGACUGAUAUUUAAAAAACUCUCUUUUACCAAUAGUUGUUUUUAAAUCCUAAAAGUCCCAGAGAGCAAUAAAAUCUGUUCAGGGCCUAAAUUAUUCUUUUAAAUUCAGUUUUAUUUACAAAUCCUCAGAAGGUGGCUUCUUCUUGUGUCAUUAGAAAACAAACCAAUAGUUAAAAAAAUAAAGAAAACCAUUAAUUGACUGACCAUAAAAAUAGUCAAACUAUAAUCAUUAUUGAUGUACUUUUUUAUGCUGGUGGGACUUUGUAUUAGUGAUUAUUAGAUCAGACCUUAAAGUGUCUUUAGAAAAGCCUUCAAAGUGUGAUUAAGGGCUUUAACUUGAUUCCACCAAAAUAAUAGUCUGCUGCUGUCAGUAACUCAGCUGGAGAUAUUUGAGAUUUUUUAUUUUUUGCAUCUUGUUCGCACACACUUCAGCAUGUCUGGGCUUCAUAUUUAUAUUUGCAGCCUGCAGUUGGUGUUAGUUUUGGUUUCUCAGGUGCUGAUCAGAAAAAGAAUCUUUGGUCUGUAAAUUAACAUUUCACAAAGAAAACGAACCACGACAUAUAUCAGCUAUUGCAGCUCUGAUGAAAAAGCUGCCAGAGAAAACAGACAUCAGGCUGAGCUGAACUGAAGUAUCACAGUGAUUAUGAUUUACACAAUUUAUCAUUGUAACAUCAGAACUCUCCUUUUUUAACAUGACUGAAUAAA